GCGGCAGCUGGUGACGCUGACCCUCGACAACUCCUCCGGCUCCGGAGCCUCCGGGUUCCAGUCCAAGGACCAGUUCCUGUUCGGGGAGUUCAGCAUGGAGAUGAAGCUCGUGCCGGGCGAGUCGGCCGGCACCGUUGCCACCUUCUACCUGACUUCGGAAGGAGACGCGCACGACGAGAUCGACUUCGAGUUCCUGGGGAACGUGAGCGGGGAGCCGUACGUGAUGCACACCAACGUGUUCGCGCAGGGGAGAGGCAACCGGGAGCAGGAGUUCUACCUCUGGUUUGAUCCCACCGCGGACUUCCACAACUACACCCUCCUCUGGAACCCACACAACAUCAUCUGGUCGGUGGACGGCGUGCCGGUGCGCGUGUUCAGGAACCACGAGCCCGCCGGCGUGCCGUACCUGAGCGGGCAGGCGAUGAGGGUGCACGGGAGCCUGUGGAACGGCGAGAGCUGGGCGACGGAGGGCGGGCGCGUCAAGACCAACUGGUCCGCGGCGCCGUUCGUCACGUCGUACGGCGGGUACGCGUCCAGCGCGUGCGUCGUGCCGGCGAGCGGCGGCGGCGGCUGCCCGCCGAACGCAUCGUCGUCCCCGGGCGACGCCGGCGCGUGGAUGGGCCGGCAGCUGGGGCCCGAGGGCGUCGCGUGGGCGCGGGAGAAGUACAUGAUUUACGACUACUGCGACGAUCGCUGGCGGUUCCGUCAGGGCCCGCCGGCCGAGUGCAACCUCGACCGUCUCGGCUGA